AUGGAAUCAAGCAUCAACGAUGCCGAAAGAGAAACUAUACAAGAUCCUUUAACAGAGGAACAAUCAACGGCGGUAGUUGAGGAUCUCGACCCAAUGCCGUUUAAUGAUGCAUCUCUGAAAAACAUAUCGGAGAGGUGCCACAAAUUCUUCACUGUACUAAAAAAUCAGCAAGAUUUUGAGUGGACGCCAGAAUGUAAACAAGCAUUGCAAGAGCUUAAAAGAUAUCUUUCAAGUCUGCCGUUGCUGUCAAAACCUAACCCCGAGAAGAAGCUAUUUCUAUAUCUUGUCGUUUUAGAGGUAUCAGUAAGUGCAGCUCUAGUACGGGAAGAAGAAGGUAAACAGUCUCCGAUUUAUUAUAUUAGUAAAACACUUUUAGAUGUCGAAACAAGAUAUCCGUAUUUAGAAAAAUUGGCUCUAGCUUUAAUACAUGCUGCUAAAAAAUUAAGACAUUAUUUUAAAAGUCAUCCAAUUGUCGUGGUAACGACAUUCCCUCUACGGAGUAUUCUCCAUAGGCCGGAGUUAUCAAGCAGAUUGGCUAAAUGGGCGAUUGAACUUAGUGAAUUUGAUAUUACUUAUCAACCAAGAAAUGCUAUAAAAUCGCAAAUUCUUGCCGAUUUUGUGGCAAACUUUAGUUCAAAAUUAACGUUAGAAGUGGAAAAAGAAACCAUCACAACUUCAGGGUCAUUCUUUGGGAUAUGGACCCUGUACACGGAUGGGGCAACUAAUGAAAGUGGGUCGAGAUUAGGCUUAGUGCUAAAAGUACCCAGCGGAGAAAUUGUCCGCCAAGCCAUUAAAUUCCCAAAGAUUACUAACAAUGAAGUUGAGUAUGAGGUUGUUGCUGCAGGUUUAAAGCUUGCUUUGAAAUAUAGAGCAGAAAGCAUCAAGGUACACUAUGAUUCGCAAUUGGUGGUUAACCAGGUGAAUGGAACUUUCAGUAUAAAAGAACCACGAAUGCAGAAGUAUCAAACGCAGAUAUCAGACCUCUUUGCAAAAUUCAAAGACUGGGGAUUAGAGCAGGUUCCACGGGAAAGCAACGCCGAGGCCGACGGCUUAGCAAAAUUGGCAUCAGCUGCUGAUCCCGCAGAACCAGAAAGCAGAAGUGUGAUCCAUUUAUUGCAUCUAAUUGGUUGCGAAAUUGAAGUACGCACAACGGGAUCAGCACAUCAUUGGAGAAAUGAGAUACUUGAUUAUUUGCAACAAGGGACUCUACCCACAGAUAAGAAAGAAACACGAAAAUUACGAGUAAAAGAAGCUACAUAUUGCUUGGUUUACGGAGAGUUAUAUCGGAGAACCUUUGGAGCGCCACUCGCCAAGUGUUUAGGCCCAACGAACACAGAACCCGCUAUGCAACAAGUGCAUAGUGGAUAUUGUGGAAAUCACUCCGAUGGGAGAUCAUUAGCCUGA